UAAAUAACAAUGAAACUUCUCUUAUUACUUCUUCUGUUAAAGAGCAUUCUUGCCAUGACUUACAUUAAGAAUAAUGAACAAUGUAAUCAAUGAGCAAGAAAUUCAGAAUCAAGGGUGUGUACUGUAUUUCCUACAUAUGAUGCAUGAUGCCAACCAGAAGAUCAAAAUACUUGUAAAUAUAACUGGGAUUAUUAUUGUGGAGCAGAAACACAUUAUAUAGCCUCUGGAAAAGCAAGAUAUCUCCGCUGUCCGCCCCAUUUACAAUGAGGAAAGACAGAAUUUAGCAUUGAUAAUGAGAAGACUAUAAAUUUGAGAGCUAAAUCUCUUCCUUCUCAAGGAUCAUGCGCUUACAAUAUAUACGUAAAUACUUACGACAUUACCAACUUUGAGUUAAAAAAUCCAGAAUUCUCAGGAGUAGAGGUCCACAUAUUCUCUUCUGGUUGGAGCUCUGUUAAAUCAGAUUUAGUUUAUAAAGGAGAAUAUGAUCAGCUAGACGGAGAUUCCUCAACAAAGAAGCUCAAUGUUGAGGCACUUUCUCAUAUUUUUAUACUUGUAUUACCUUCAUCAGAAAACAAUGGAGAAUUUAGUUUGGACUUUAAAUCCAAUAAUAAAGAAGGUUCUCAUUUCAACAACAACUAUCUUAUAACUCUCAUUUGUAUCCCAACUUUGCUGUUAUUAUUCGGUGUCUGUUGGUGGCAAGAGAUUAGAGAAAAUAUCAAAAAGAGAAAAGAAAACGAAAAUGAGUCUAGCGAGAGCCAAGAGUCAAUUAUUCAAGAUGGAAUCCCAAUCAACCCAGAAGGCCAACAAGUCUAUCAUCCUUUCGAAAGGAAGGACAUCGGAGAAGGCAUGAUCGCUUAAGCCCCCUAUCAAGCCUAUAAUUCCUAUACUAACACCCCAUUCUCC